AUGAUCACCGAUUUUCUGAUCAUCGUUCAAUCCAUGCUUUUGAUCGUGCAUAUCCAGGCGACGGUCAGAAAGAAGGCCUUGUUUGCGAGUAUAUUUCUCCCUCGCGGGUUCGUAAUUGCCUCAUCCCUCACUCACCUGAUCCUCGCGCAUAAAGCCUCUCCCGACGAUCCAUUCGUCGCGUCGGCUCCCUCGACAAUCUGUAUGCAGAUCACUCAGUCGCUCAGCAUCGUCACGGCCUGCUGGGGUCAACUUAAACCCUUCCUCGAUCGCAUUCGCUCCGACGCGUUCAAACUCUCUGGCGCCGAUUGGGCCAGAUCGAAUACCUCGUCCGGCGCAGGGGCGAGUAAAGGGGACCGAACGACAAAUUCGCAUUCGCGAUCGCGGCUGAGAUCGAAGAGCUCAAGACAUGGACUCGCGUUGGAUUUCGUGCCCGAGCCGAUGAAGAAGACAAGAACGCGAACGAUGAUUUCCGUGGGAGGGGACGAUUGGGAUAAGGGAAGUCAGUCAAGCGAGACGCAUAUCAUCCGUGAAACGCGGAGUUUUGCCGUUGUGGAGGAAAGUGCGGGGAGGGAGUGA